UAGCGUCCACUUCGCGACUACGCGCGCCCGACAUCCGCCGAGGACCAGUCGCCGCCGCUGACAUUCCGAACAGCGCCGGAGAAAGCCGAUCGCGCCCGAUCUACGAAGGCGUCCCGCGGGAAAGCCCUCCAGCCGGCAAUUGACGGCCACAGCGAUUUUCGAAAGCAGUUCAGAACGCUUCCGUACACCAGUACAGCGGAAAUUCUCGAGAUGUAUCUCGCCGUGAACUGCAGGAGCCUGCUGCUGUGCGCCGCCGUAGUGCUGCUGCUGCCAUCUAGCGGGGACGGGUUGAGCGCGGCAGGCUACAGCGGAGCCACCUGCCGGGGAAGCUCGCUACUACAGAGCGGAGGCCUGUCCUGCGACGUGAAGAAGUCCAUCCUGGACGCGCACAAUAAGUACCGACAGUCCAUCGCGCUGGGUUACGUCGCUGGACAGCCUGGAGCCGCCAGGAUGCUGGAAAUGGUGUGGGACGAGGAGCUGGCGUCGAUCGCACAGCGCUGGGCUGACCAGUGCACCAUGGGACACGACCACAACCGCGACGUCUCGCGCUUCCCCGUGGGCCAGAAUGUGGCCGCCACGUGGACGACGCGCCGGCAGGUGAGCCCGGAGCCGGACUUCGCGCGGCAGAUCGCCGCCUGGUACGGCGAGGUGGCCGCCUUCCGCUACCAGGACGGCAGCCUGGGAGCCGCCACCGGACACUACACGCAGCUGGUGUGGGGAGACACGUACCUGGUGGGCUGCGGCUACAGUUUCUUCUACGACCGCAGCCGCGGAUACACCAAGCUCUACGUCUGCAACUACGGGCCUGGAGGUAACGUUGUUGGAGCAGCCCCUUACGAGAAGGGCAGCCCAUCCUGUUCGUCCCAGGGCAUCUCCCCGUCCAAGCGCUACCCUGGACUCUGUGAGGUGCGCGGCUACUCGCAGCUGGGGUCGCAGUGCAGCUACACGACCUUCGGCGGCUUCUCCGCCUUCUGGGGAUGAACACGCCGACGUCGACGGCGCACGCUCUUCGCUGGUCACCGGUUCGACACUCUACGGCCUAGCCAGCUGACACCGCCUGUCCACAGCAGAGCUGGAGUGGGCUGCGAGGAACUGGAGAUUUUCCAGCAACUUCUCCAUACGGAAGCGACGCUGCGUCACUAUGGGGAGGAGAAAUUCACCUCCCACGCCGCCCCACCGCAGUCUCUUAAACGCUUUCCUCAAGGCACGCCGCCUCAGAAGAAAUUCUGCUCUUUGUUCGCAGUAAACGUUCUGCUUCUACUGCCUUUGUACAAAAGCGACAUUGUGUGAAAAAAACAACCAGAAUUGUGGAUCAAAUCGCGCUACAUCACCAGGAGCACUUACCUCACGUCAUCAUUCCAUUACUUCACGCCAUUUGCUACGCAAUUUCUUCCUCUGCUCCUACGUAAACAUUAAGAAUUACUAUACCUAAACUCAGUCUUAAACCGUCGUUAUCAUAGCCCUAUCAAUAAACAUCAUAUUCUAAAAUUGUCAGGCAUGGUUUUCCUCGUACUUUUCUUUAGCAGAUUACUCAUCACUUCUAUCAUCUUUAGAGAAGUCUGUAUCUAGUACCAACACUUCUUGCUGCCAACCAACAGCUGAGGGAAACAACCACGACAGACGUAUAAUACAAAUACUAUUAUCUCUCUUUGAUAAUAGGGUGCACAUUACGCCAUUCACGAGUGCUCUCUAUAUCUCCAGUAUACGACAACUAUGUUUGGACUUGUCAUUUUCUUUUACGGUCAUACAAUUCGAAUUACAGCAGACUCAUUUCACACCAGUUAUGUACAAAAAGACAAUAAGCUGUCACGCCUUAGAAUCAAAAAAUAACCUGCAUAAUAUUAGUUAGUCGAUCAUGUCACCCCGUACCCCCUUUUAGCAGGUCUUUCAUUUUGAUCUUCUUAAUGUUGUUUUCACCAGAACAUUCAGGAAUCUUUCCUUGUCGGCAUUAAAUAAACAAUGCCGAUCAGGAGUCGAACUGUUACUCAAAACGUAACGUUGUGUGCUUCAAAAGUCUUCGCUAUUGUUCACCUCCCAUUGCAUCUUCGGUCGAAAGCAUAUCAUUUCAGAGUUUAAGAACUGUGGAAAGUACACGCCGUGUCUUAUUUUUCCGUCCCAUAUUGGGAUCUGAUAUUAAAGUAUAUAUCUCUGUGCUUCAUGUGUCAAUGCUACGAGUACAUGAAAUAAAAUAUUCUACUCUUGUAACCUGAAAUAUGUCACGCUUAGCGAUAUUCUAAAUAAAUACCAAAAUAUUUAUGUACGUACUUACAUAGUUACAAAACAUAUAUGGUUUUGGUUGUGCGCUUACUUAAGGUCUUGUAUUA